GUGUGAAGCUAUUAUGUGCAAAACAGCAGGGAGCUGGAGAGAUGGUUCAGGGGUUAAGAGCACUGGCUGAUCUUCUGAGGUCUCAGUUCGAUUCCCAGCAGCCAUGUGGUGACUCUCAACCAUCUAUCAUAGAAUCUGAUGCCUUCUGUCAUGCAUGCCAUACAUGUAAAUAGAGCACUCAUAUCCAUAAAUAAAUCAGUUUUUAAAAACAGCAUGAAAUAGACGUGUCAUAGGAAACCUUGCAUUCCUCCUGUGUAGACCAGGAAAGACUGCAUGGAGAGAAGGAGCCAGAUUCUAGUAUUUGAAGGGAAGAAGGCACAUGGUUGUGAGCUGCUGUGUGGGUGCCCAGACUAAAAACCAGGUCCUCUGAAAGAGAAGUUGGGGAGACACAGAGGCUCCGAGAAGCAUCCGUCAUGGAUCACAGUGUAUCAAGCUGACCUGACUCUGGGUUGCCUGUUCCCUUCUGAUGGUCAAGGAGAUCUGUUAUAUUCACUAUGUGAACACCACUGAUGCGAUCAUGACAGGAAGUAUGACCUCAUUCUGCAGUCUUGUCUCUAGUUGGAGAAGGCUGAUACUGAAAGUAAACAAGGGCCGUGAGACUAACUCUCCCAAGAAUGACAAGCUAUUCUAUUCUGGGAAACAACUCAAAGAUCGAGAGGCCGCUGAAGACCAAACUGCGCUGUGGAUGCCUACUCAUGGCAGGGGCAUGCGCAGCUUCCACCUGAAGGGAAGACGGGAUUCCCUUUGGGAAGUAACUUCUCACCCGUUGACAUUCUGAUGGGAUUUUUUUCAGCUGAAGAACGGCUUGGUCCAGCUCUCUGCACUGCCAACCACAGGGAAGUUUCGCAUUUCAGUAAUCUGCCUGUCAUUUAUCAGUUGGAAGAAGAGCCUUGGGACUCCCUGUGGAGGAAUAUAACACUCAAACUUAAGGAACGAGACAAUGAAAAAUAGAAUUCAAAGUCUUUGAAGUAGGCAGCAACCUCACCGAAGUCCCACAAUCUGGACUGCUUCUCUAAUCCUACAUCUCUGUACUAUUUCGAAAAAAAAAUCUGUGAAGUUUGAACAAGCGGCCUUCUCAAGAUGUACCGAGUCCCGCAACUGAUGUCGACACCAGUAGCAAAUUCUUCCAGAUCAGGAGGAGGACCUUCUGGAAAGUUGUCCCCCACACGCCUUUUCCCAAGCUUUACUUGUGACUUCCUGGAUGGAGAGCGUUCUUUUGAAUGCUGCUCCAUAGACCCCCUGACAGGCUCCUACUAUAUCUGCCGCAGAAGCCCCCGACUCCUAACCAAUGGCUACUACAUUUGGACUGAGGACAGUUUCCUCUGUGACCCAGAUGGCCACAUCACACUGAAUCCCUCUCACACCAGUGUGAUGUACAAGGAGAACUUAGUUAGAAUAUUUAGAAAGAAAAGGAGAACCCACCGUUCUCUUUCUUCAGUCUUGGACCCCCGCGCCUCGAAGUCUUGGCUGCAUGCAAGUAUCUUUGGAGAUGUUGGUUCACUCCCAAGUGAGGAUCUCUGGCUGGAGGGAAUCAGGAGCCUUGGAAGUGAUCUAGACUGUUCUUCUCUGAGUGAUGGCUGGGAGUCUCAGAAGCCAAUCACAGACACAUCAGAAUCCUCUUCUACUGGCCACCUCCUGCUUCAGCCUCUCGGAGAAAGCUCCCAGAGUUCCUCUCUUCAGCUUCAGAUGAAAACAUCAGGACAUUUCGAAAAGAACAUGUUGGUGCAUUCAAGAGCUGGUUUGAUGCAUAAGCUCUCCUUUCAGGCAAUCCUCCUAGCCAUGUGCUUAAUCAUUUCUGCAUGCACAAGAUGGUUUGUGGGAGGAGAAUUAACCAGCAUCUUUACAUGUGCUUUGCUGAUCACAAUAGCUUAUGUUGUAAAGUCACUGUUUCUCAACCUUGCCAGCUAUUUCAAAGCCACCACCUGUGCUAGAUUUGACAGCACUUGAGGAAUACAUGUGAUGAAUGUCCUCCAUCUGGGAACAGUAAUUUGGAGUCUUCUUGGAAUCAACCACUUUAUUGAAAGGGAAUGGAUAACAGAAAAGUUAAUGUUGUUUUCUUUUAAAAAAAAAAACUCUAAUCUCCACAUGUAAUAGUAAUUGGUUCAUGACAAUAAUAUUAAUUUUCCUUUCUUUCAAAAACACUGUCAGCUAAAAAGGACAGGACAAGGGAAAAUAACAGAGGACAGACCACUUGGAGUAAUGCUCCCUGGUUGUCUCUAAUACAGUGGACCUCAAACAUUUAUUUUGAAUAGAGAAUUCUGUGAGAGGCUCGAACCAUGAAUAUCUCAUGUCGCCAUCAUGCAGCUAUGCCUUGCUAACCUACUUUAACUAAACAGCUUAUAUUAUUCAUAAAAGACACAUAGGAAAUAGACACAGUUUGUACAUACAAUACAAUAAAUGUAUGCAUUUGAAAAUGUACAUUGAUUUUGGAUGGUGAAAAUAGGUGCUAUGGUUUGCCUCCAGAUGUCUAUGUGUUGAAACUUUGAUUGUCAGUGUGGCAAUGUUAAGAGGUGGUAGACCUUUUAAGAAACAGGGCCAGUGAGAUAUCCUUACAUCUGAGAGAACUUCCCUCAGUAUAAAUGGUCAGUCCCUCAAUCUGUCUCUGGCUUUCUGUCCAGCUAUAUGAUCACUUCCUCCCAUAUCCACCAUGUGACGUGAUGCUAUCCCUUUUCAUCACUCAGUAUUCUGCCUUGGAUAUUUUAUUAUAGUAACAGGAAAUAGGCUAAGAGGAAGGCAGACAUUGAUGGGAAAUGAGCAGGGAGAGCCAUUCCUUGGAUUAUGAAUUCUUCUUUUGUACAAUUUUCCUUACUAGGUUUUUUGUUUUAAUUUCUGGGGAAUAAUGGUCAUCUUUUAUUUAUGUUGUGAUGAAAAUAUGAUAAGUAAAAUUUCUUUAAGUUCAAAAUGAAGGAAAAAUUGGUGUUUUAAAGCACAUGAAAAAGGUAAAGCUGUAGAGUGGGCUGAAAGACAUUGAGUAUUCUUGCCUCUCACCAGGAACUUUCAAAUAUAGCCUGCUAAGGAUGCUCCAUGGUAAGAAACGUCUGUAUAUAAAACUACAUACUUUAAAAUUAAUAACAAAUUAAUCCCUUUUACAUCUACAAUGGUUAGCAUUCAUUGUCAACAUGACUAUAUUUAGUAUUACCCAUGAGACUCAAUUCUAGGUCUGUCUACAUAAUUGUCUCUAGAAAGGUUGAAGAGAGAAGACUUACCCUGAAUUUGGGUACCAAUAUAUCCUGUGAGCAGAAUAAAAAGAAUAAAAAUGUCCUUGACAGAAUAAAAAAGAGGAAGGAAAUAAGAGAGCUGAGCACCAGCACUCAUCUUUCUCUCUCUUUUUUUGACUGUGGACACAAUGUGACCAUUUAUUCAGGUUCUGGCGCCUUGUUUUCUUAUCAUGGACUGUAUCCCCUUAAACCUUGAGUCAAAUAAACCUUCCAUUCCUUAA